ACUACAGAAAACAUCUGGAAGCCUGACACUGCCGUUCCAGAACAUAUCCGUAAGCUCUUGGUACCUUCAGGUCCGAACCACAGCGUUAACUAUAUUCUUGCUUUUGUUCAGAUAGUCAGACUCUUGAAAACCCAGAAGAGAACUGGUUGGGUUGACCGUGGAAUUCCGGCAGAAAAAGUCGAAAGCAUCAGUGACCACAUGUAUCGGAUGUCUAUCAUCUCGAUGUUCAUACCGAACGAGAACAUUGACAUCAGUAAGUGUGUGAAAAUCGCCUUGGUGCACGACAUUGCUGAAUCGUUGGUAGGUGAUAUCACUCCAUUUGGAGGAGUCACCAAGGCUGAAAAGCACCGUCGUGAAUUGGAAUCGAUUCAGUACUUGUCUGAGAUCAUCAAGCCAUACAAUGAAAGGUUCUCCAAAGAAAUCUUGGAGUUGUGGUUGGACUACGAAGAAAUCAGGACCAUCGAAGCCAGGUACGUUAAGGACAUAGACAAGUACGAGAUGAUCCAACAGGCUUGGGACUAUGAACAGGACUUCGGCCUCACAUAUGAUUUGAGUGAGUUCUAUGAUUCAAGAACCGCCAUAGUCUCGAAGGAAAUCGGCGAGUUAUGUGACGAGGUCAUCAGACAGAGAAACGAACACAUCGAGGCAUUGAAAUCGAAAGCUUCCAGCUAG